AGCACAUGACAGGAUGAACACCAUCAUCGACCAGUCGAGCUAUCUCCAUGGGAGGUGGACACAAGGAGAGCGGUUGCGACACAAACAGCAGAGGGCUUGGGGGCUACUACCCGAGCGCCUACUCGUCUCCACCCAUCGCGUACCCUGCAUACCCUCCUCCACAAGCCGGGCAUGGAUGCCCUCCGGCCUAUUACCCUCCACAGCCACAGGGAUAUGGGCAUGGCUAUCCAUCAGCAGGAGCAUACGGGUAUCCACCCUCCAGCUAUCCACACCAUCAAGGUGGCUAUCACGGUCACGGAGGGUCCUUGCUUGUUGCCGGCGGUGCGGCGGCUGCGGCGGCCUAUGGCGCGCAUCACAUGAGCCAUGGCCAUCACGGUCACGGCGGAUACUACCACCGUCCUGCGGGUUACCAUCAUCACUACGGCGGCAAGUUCAAGAAGCAUGGACGCUACGGUUAUGGGCAUGGCGGCAAGUUCAAGCAUGGCAAGCACAUGCGCCUCUUUGGAGGGAAGCAUGGCCUCUUUGGUGGAAAACACAAGUGGAAAUAGUUUUCUUCCAAGUGGAUCUGUCGAGAGGAGUGAGCUAAUGUGAUGUUGGGAAUAAAUCCGUCUAUGUAAUAAUCAACUCCAUCCAUAUCCAUAUCCAUAGUAGUACUCCUAUAAUAAGUACGUACUACUAAGUUCUGCGCGCGCACGUAUAGUCCACGUACAUGUGAAUGUCGGUUGCGAUUUGCAACGUCGGUGAUUAAAUCUGUUGCAUUUGCUUGAUCCACACGUUACGUACAAAUGACUAAAGAAACGCGCGCAAUCCACACCUUGUACGAUCGAUCUGUAACUACGUGCCAAUUUAAACAUGCACCCACAUACCCUGUGUCCGUAUAUAUACAUUUAAACAUGCACCCACAUCCAUCUAUAAAUACGAACGUACUCGAUCCCAUACCCUCUCCUGCUUUCAGACAAUUUUCGAUCUUGACAGUUUCUCUUCUUUGCGCACACAACAAGUCGAUCGAAGAGGUCGACGAUGACCAAGCUCAGCAGCAGCAACGUUGAUGAUGGCUACGAGUACGAGGAAGAAUACAUCAAGAACGCGCGCGGGAUGAAGCUCUUCACCUGCCGAUGGCUCCCCGCCAAUGCUACACCAAUAAAGGCCCUCGUCUUCAUGUGCCACGGUUACGCGGUGGAGUGCAGCGUGACGAUGCGCGGCACCGGGGUUCGGCUGGCGCAGGCCGGCUACGCCGUCUACGGCAUCGACUACGAGGGCCACGGCAAGUCGGAGGGCCUCAGGGGCUACGUCCCCUCCUUCGACGUCCUCCUCGGCGACUGCGACGCCUACUUCACCGCCGUCGUCGUCGCUAACCAAUCUCCUCAGCUGCCUCGGUUCCUGCUGGGCGAGUCCAUGGGCGGCGCGGUGGCGCUGCUCCUCCACCGCGCGCGGCCGUCCUACUGGGCGGGCGCCGUGCUGGUGGCGCCCAUGUGCAAGAUCACGGAGGAGAUGAAGCCGCACCCGGCGGUGAUCAAGGUGCUGGAGGCCGUGACCAGGUUCAUCCCGACGUGGAAGGUGGUGCCCACCCGGAACGUCAUCGGCGCCGCCUACAGGACGCAGGCCAAGCGCGACGAGAUCCGCCGGAACCCCUACUGCUACAAGGGCCGGCCGCGGCUCAAGACGGCGCACGAGCUCCUCCGGGCCAGCCUCCACGUGGAGAGCGAGGUGCUCACGCAGGUGACGCUGCCCUUCCUCGUCGUGCACGGGGGAGGCGAUAGGGUCACGGACCCCUCCGUCAGCCAGCUCCUCUGCCGGGAGGCGCCCAGCACGGACAAGACGCUCAAGCUCUACCCGGGCAUGUGGCACGCGCUCACCUCCGGCGAGCUGCCAGAGAACAUCGACAAGGUCUUCUUCGACAUCAUCGCAUGGCUCGAUCACAGGUCCGGUCCGCCCGCGAGGGACGACUGACGCCUCGUGUGCAACAACCCAUCAUCCAUAGGAACUUCUUUUCUUUUCGUUCUGAUUGAUUCAUGAUGACAGUGAUCCAUGAACAUUAAUUACUAGUACUACAUAUAUUUAGGGCUACUACACUCUAGUACAUGGGGGGACGUGGAAUGAGUUAAUUUACUGUAACUCUAGUUUCUCAGCAUUGCGCCCUCCACAGCCUCCCCCCUUCUCUGGUGGAGAUCACCAAAGGCUACAACCUCCCCUGAUUCAAUAACAAAUCAAUCAACUGUC